GCCUCAGUCGCAUUACUGCUCUGAUCAGUUUGCAACUUGAAGUCUCAGAAUGAAGUUAAACCAUACCAAACUGUCCCUUGUGACAGUUUGUAGUGACCUGCCUAAUCUGUGGCAAAGACACCGUUAUAUAAUAGUCCUCCAUGCUACAGUGGGAGACUCGAAUACUAGCAGAACUGUCAUAAAAGCAGAAAGAUCUGCUAGCCGAGCAUACUUAAAAUUCACACACUCAAACCGAGAUUCUAACCAUAACCUCUUAGGCUAGAUUUUCAUGAACCAUGACAUCAAUAUACAGGGAACUGCAAAUUCCUGCCACAAGUGGAGAAGUUCCUGUGUCGAAGGCCACAACCGUGACCCCCUCCGGAAACGCUAUGUCUGACAAAGGCGGUCAACAGGAUCACACCCGAACGCCGGGGAAACUCAUGCAGACAGCACGCAUGGCUUAUUCUCGAGUUUCGUCAUACACGGGCUAUGUGUGUUGCCGCAGCUAGAAAAGAACGGAGAAUGCAGCCUCUUGUCAACGCGACUAUCCGAGUUCCCUCCUACAAGUUGCAUCAAUGUCCUCCAAGAUAGCAAAAGAAGGUCUAACCUCCCGCUUCAAGCAGCUGAGCCAAUAUGUUUUCUUCUCUAACCCCCGCGGGAAGGUGGGCGUUGUAAACCAAGUACAUCCGUCACUCGUUCUUUUCUUCGGCUCGAUGGACGCUUCCCACCGACUGAUGCAGAAAUACGCGUUUCCCCUUCGAGAUCUAUUUCCUGCGGCGACUAUGGUCAUCAUAACAUCGGAUACUCCAUGUAUGUGGACGUCUCAAGGACAGAUGGAGAAACAUCUCGCGCCUGUCGUUGAUGUACUCAAGAAAGAACUGUCGGCGAACUCAGCUUACAGAGGGACAUACUGUCAUGUCAUGUCUAAUGGCGGCGGUUUCCAGCUAGUUGCUUUACGCAAGCUACUCAUGAAGUCUCAUCUCUCCGACUUCGUUCAACCUUCCGCCAAAAAGGCACCCGCGGCGCUCGUCCUGGACUCCACUCCAGGAGACUAUGGCCUUCGAUCCGCCAUGAUCUUUCUCUCACCCUCGCAGCCCGUUCUUCACGCUGCUGCUAAACCAGUGAUAGCUGGCCUAUACGCACUCUAUGCACUCAAUCUUCUCAUCCGGGGUAAUCCGCCGGUAUUUGACGAGCUUCGUUCUACCCUCAACAUGCCUGACGUUCUACCCUGUCUCACUGACGCCACAUCCUCUUCGGUCUCACGCCUCUACCUCUACUCGGAUGCCGACGAUCUCGUCCCCUGCCGAACGGUCGAGCGCCACAUCGAAGAGGCUAUCUCGAAGGGAUUCGACGUCAUGGAGGAAAAGUUUAGCGGACCCGCGCACAUCGCGUUGGCGCGCGAUGAGCCGGUCAAGUAUUGGGAGGCAGUCGCGAAAGUUUGGGCGCAUGCGGUCGAGGUCGCAGGUGUAAAUAUUUGAAGGACUCGGAUGUCGCAUUUGAGUGACGAAAGCGAGGCAUUGUAUUGGUGGUUCGUUAAUGUGGAUUAUAGGUCUUGAAGGGAAAGACUCUUGGGCAGGAUCCCCAAAGUUAUCUUGUCGGCCGAUGACGCAGCCCAAAACUCUGGAUAUACACGUUCCGUUGGUAUACAUCGUUGGCGUGCGCUUGAAGCACUCGGAGCCGAUUCUACAAGAUUAAUCCUCCGCAAAGAUCGCCCUCCGGAUGUUAGUGCUGUGGAGAGCAUGAUAUGAACCAUUCGCCCACUAGGGCAAGACGACAUGCUUGUUUGACGAUCAUGAGGCGUGACUCACAAUGAAUGGCGUCGGAUAUGUCAUCGUUUCAGAUGCACCUAGCACUACAUUGUUGACGUCGGAAAACAACAGCGAUGUAGUCGCCCUCAUGGUGUCGGGCACACCAUGGCCUACUUUCAAGACUCUUCCAUUUCAUAGUCAUCGAUAUGGAUCCUGCAACGUCCCUCUUAUGACGUUGGACGCACCAAUUUUGUCAAUAAUUCCGUCUG